AUGAGAGCAGAUAUAUGGGGGCCUACGUGUUGUAGUUUUGAUAUCAUAGAGAGUGAUAGGAGUAUUUCAACCGUCUACGAAGGUGACUGGAUCCUCUAUCCACAAUGCGGAGCAUACUCAACGUGUCUGUCAACGAAUUUCAAUGGUUUCUACCCGCCAAAUAUUUUAUAUUUAAUGUCAGCAAGCAACUGGUAA